UGUUUUGUUUUGAUUCCGCGGCAGUUAUUUUCACCAAGAACAUUCACGUUAUAUUCCGGAUUGUGACCGCCCAGCACGGCACCAUGGACGAAGAAGACGACCAGCUGGACGCGGCCCUGGCCUGCUCGGCCGAACAAGCCGAGGCGGACCUGCAGCGCACGCGGGAGGAAAGCGACGACCAGGCGCUGGGCGAAUUGGUUGACGCGGAGGAAUUCCUGGCCUCGCACGGGGUGUCCAUGCUGGAGUACGAGCGGCAGAUGUUUUUCGACGUGCUGCACUCGGACGGGCUGACCGUGUGCGCCAAGGGAAUCACGUAUGAAAAGGUAUUGCAGAAUCUGUUGAAGAUUUUCUGCGAUUCGACGACGCUGGUGUUGGUCGUAAAUUGCUCCGAUUACGAGGAGAAGUUGCUCACGUCGCAGUUGGACAGCCAGCACGUUCACGAGUCCUCGACGAAUGCCACGGAACGCGAACGGGUUUAUCUGUUGGGGGGGAUUCAGUUUAUGAGUACGCGGAUUUUGGUGGUUGAUUUGCUAAAGGGUAGGAUUCCGAUUGAGCUAAUCACUGGGAUAAUUGUGGUGAAGGCUCAUGAGAUUAUAGAGUCGUGCCAGGAAGCUUUCGCGCUUCGAUUGUAUAGGCAGAAGAAUAAAACAGGGUUCAUCAAGGCGUUUUCGAGAAACGUUGAAGCGUUUACUUACGGAUACGGCCACGUGGAGAAGGUCAUGCGCAACCUGUUUGUGAGGGAGUUAUUCAUUUGGCCACGGUUUCACGCAACGAUACAAAAGUCCCUGAAACCGUACGAGCCGGUCGUCGUGGAGCUGCAGAUACCGAUGAGCCAGAACAUGAUUCUUCUGCAAGCCAACAUUCUGGACAUUAUGAAUUACCUGGUGAAGAACAUCAAAAGUUUGAAUCGUCUCGUGGAACUGCAGGAGAUUACAGUGGAGAAUUGCGUCACCAAACAGUUUCACAAAAUUCUGCAGUCCCAGCUGGACAGCAUUUGGCACCAGCUCAGCUCGCAGACCAAGCUGAUCGUGGCAGAUUUGAAGGUGUUGCGAAGUUUGAUGAUAACAACUCUGUACCACGAUGCCGUCACGUUGUACGCUGUAAUGAAGAAAUAUCGCUCGACUGAGUACGCGCUCAGCAAUUCCGGCUGGACCAUUCUAGAUUCUGCGGAAAAGAUUUUCAACAUUUGCAAGGAGAGGGUCUUCAACCGGAAUGACGAAUUCGACCCGGAGCAAUGCCCCAAGUGGAAGUCCUUGUCGGAAGUACUGCGCAAGGAAAUUCCAACCGACGUGAAGGAAACGGCCGGCAAGAUCCGCAAAAAGGAAGAGCGCCAAAAGUAUCUGCGCCAGCAGGUGAAGGUGCUGGUGCUGUGCCAGGACGCGCGAACCUGCUACCAGCUGAACCAGUAUCUCACGCAAGGCCCCGAAAAAUAUCUCUUUCACAUGGCGAUGAAGAACGACGUGACGGUGGCGAAGCUGGCCGAAAGCUACCGGCACAUCAACCGGGAGGAUGAGCCGAACCCGUUCCGGAUUCAGCAGGUUCAGGUCAAACCGAAGGAAGCUGUGCUGAAGGAAUCGACGUCAGUGGAGGGGUCGACGAGCAAGACUGGUUUCCUGAAGGAACGGAUCGCCAAACGACGAGCAGAGGCGGCCAAGAAGGAGGCCGAAGAGGAGGAAGCUCGCAAACGGGAAGAGGAAGAAGAUCGGAAAAAGGUUUCCGAAAUGGAGGCGGAAUUGCUUGCGAAAGAGGAGAGUGAAGAGUACCAUUGCUUCCGGGAUUCGUACAUCCUAACGAUGUCUCAGAAAGGAGACGCGAAUCGCACCAUGUCGGACGACGGAGAAUUGGACGAUCUGUGCGACAUCACCCAGUUGGAGAACGGCGAAUUUGAGUCGUUUGCCGAGAUGGAACAGUUGGACAUGACCAGAAUUGAAAAGGAAAGCAGCCGACCAAUCGUAUUCAUUCAAACGUUCAAGAGCGAAAUCAACGGGAUCGCAUCACUGGACCGAACGCUGGAGGAGAUCAAGCCCCGUUACAUCGUCAUGUACCACAGCAACGUAACGGCGAUCCGACAGAUUGAAGUGUUCGAAGCUCGCCAGCAGCGAACGGAACUGACCAGAGUUCGCGUGUUUGUGAUAAUUCACUCGAAAACCGUUGAAGAACAGUCCUAUCUAACUUCGCUCCGACGAGAGAAGCAGGCCUUCGAACUGUUGAUCGACACCAAGCGAACAAUGGUCGUUCCGGAGUACCAGGACGGCAAGUCCGAGGACGCCAUCACGAUGCUGCAGAAGGCACAGGAAGUUUCCUCCCGGCAAGCCGGAGGCCAAGCCGCCGACGAACAGGUCCCCGUAACGCCACGAAUCAUCGUGGACAUGCGUGAGUUCCGGUCCGAUUUGCCGUGCCUCAUCCAUCGGCGUGGAAUCGAGGUCGUCCCGCUCACCAUCACGAUCGGUGACUACAUCCUUUCCCCAGAAAUUUGCGUCGAGCGCAAAUCAAUUUCCGACCUGAUCGGUUCGCUCAACUCGGGCCGCCUCUACAACCAGUGCGUCCAGAUGACGCGCUUCUACGCCAAGCCCAUGCUGCUGAUCGAGUUCGACCAGAACAAACCGUUCCACCUGCAGCGCAACUUUGUCGUGUCGGGCGACGCCGGCUCCUCGAACGCGGACAUUAUGCAAAAGCUGCAGCUGCUGACGAUGCACUUUCCGAAGCUGAAGCUCGUCUGGUCGCCGAGUCCGUACGCGACGGCGCAGCUGUUUGAAGAGUUGAAGCAGGGCAAGCUGGAGCCCGAUCCGGAUGUGGCGGCGCUCGUGGGCUCCGAUGAAGCUGGUGGGCCGAGCGAGAUGGAGAACAUUGCCGAGAGUUCGAACCCGAACAUUCACGACUUUCUCAUCAAGCUGCCGGGGAUUAACUCCAAGAACAUCGGAAAAGUUAUGCGAAAGUGUAAAAAUCUGAAGGAAUUGCUCCAGAAAUCGCAGGAAGAACUGCGCGAGCUGCUGGGCACGGAACUGCACGCGAAAAUGCUGUGGGAAAUUUUGCACGUGGCGCACAAACCGGUGCAGGGAGAAGCGGCCGAGAAGCCGUCGGCGUCCAAGUUUAAGCGGGGCUUUGGAAAGAGGAAUUUUUAACGUUGUUUCGUUUAAUAAAAAAGUUGUUUCUUUUUUCGUAUUUAUUGAAA